AUGCCGGUACAAAAGCCACAGCCGAAGAGCUUGAACUCUUCUUUAAGUGCACCGACAAUUGGCAAGAAUGAAAGCAUGAACAUGCGCUCAACUACGGGUUCUUUGCCAACGAUCCCGUCUGUGGCAUUGUAUGCCACGCCGUCCUACAGUUCGCUGUACUCAGACCCCGAGGACCUGGAACCAGGUCCUGGUACUUAUGAGAUACCACAUACCUUCGGGCGUCAGCAGCUGUCGCAUCGCUUCUCGGAGCCAUCGGCGCCGUUGAUCGCGAAGCACGGCAAGGCAUGGUCAAAGACGAUGAUCACCAAGGACCACUUGAUGGCCAUGAUGGCCCGGGAUUCCCCCGCACCAGGCACCUACAUGCCGCGACUAGCUAAGUCAGAAGCUCGGGUCCGGUUCGGCACGGGGCAGAGGGCAGAGCUGUGCGACACCCACUUCCGCGCACCAGGGCCUGUCUACGAAGUGCGGGGAUCUCCAGACAAUCCUCCCCACCAUAUCAGGUUCACAAAGGCGAACCGGUUUGCUUUGGAUGACAGAAGCCUGGCAGAUUCGUUGGGCUCCACUGGCCCUGGACAGUAUGAGGUGAAAGGCUGCAUCGAUCAAACACGUCAGGCGAGGUCCUUCGGGGCCUCGCACCGGGCAUAUGACAAAGUCAGGUUCCCAGGAUCCGAGAAGGAGGGCCAAGGACGCUCCUCUCCGGGGCCUGGACCCCCUCUGCUCUCGAGGUCUGGCAAAACGGUGUCCUUCUCAAGGGCCGAGCGCUUGCCGGGUGAACGGGGUGACCGGGCUCCAGGCCCAGGUGCCUACGAGGUCCACGACAAGCCAAAUCCAGACAUGAAGACACAGAGCGUCUACUCCUUUGGGAGACCCAGCGCUCGCAGUCGCAUGGAUUUCCGUACCAUGAAGAUGCUGCAGAGUAGCUCCCUCUGGGGCAUCAACUGA